CAAUCGACAUCUUGGUUGCUAGGCGAUUUACAGGGCGCAAACAUGGAAGGUUAGGGCUAUCCAGGAUCGCGUGGCAGUUACGAGGAGCAAUGCCCCUCCUAGAGACGGACUACUGUGUCGAGCAGAUAAACGUGCCAGCGAAGCUACCAACGAUCCUUAAGCAAUUCUGCAAAUCGGCGAUACGUACCCAACCAUACGACCUUCUCAAGUGGUCGAGCGCCUACUUUCACGCCCUCGCUGAUGGCGAAGAACCGCCGACGAAACUCCGACUCGAGUAUCCGCCCGCGAGCAGUGCACAUGGACUCACCCUCGGGUUCCUGAAGGUCCUUCUCCGUCAGCUUGGCGUGGAUUAUAAUAAAAUAGUCCGCUUGGAAACAAUACUGACCCGUUGGGAGCAUCUUUGCCUCGACAAAAGAGACUUCGAUAUGAUACUGAGGAUCGGCAGGUUCCACAACAAAUGUCAGAUUAAAAAAUUCAUGGUGAUUGCUGUUGGUUUACUGACGCGCUGCAUUACAGAAACAAUGAUUAUGGUCUGCGAGCUUUUUACCUUCGAACCCGAAGGCGGAUCAGCAAUGAUUCCUUACAGUUUAUUCAUGGAUACUUACAGAUAUAUCGCGGAUUUGAGGUGCGACGGAUCGGCAAAGAGUGAGUCAAUUUGCAUAUGCGCAGUGAACAAUUCGAAACUCCAAGCCAAAGACGAAGCCAAAUCCAAGCUCAACGCGAAGUUCGAGUCAGAGUCAGAGUCAGAGUCCGAGUUCGAGUCGGAGCUGAAGCCCGAAUCUACACUAGAAUCAGUGAUGGUUAUUCCGAAGGGACCGAUUUCCGUGGCUAGCCAAGACACCGACGUGGACGUUGAGUACGAGCUCGAGUCUUUGUCGAAAGAAGACGUACAAUCAAAAAUAAGUGAGUUUAUUCUUCGGGAGGUCGAAUCGCUGCAGAGCUUCGGCGAGGAAACGGCGGAAAGUUUUCGGCACGAGGGUGAGGCGAGUUAUCGAUCAAGCGAGUCUACUGACUCCAGUAGGAGCAAGAGUUCAGAAAUCGCUGGGCAGCCGGAGUUGAACCAGAUAGAAACUACGAGUGUGGAGGUCGAGGAAAUCUGUGAUGAUGUUAAAGCGAGCCAAUCGAUGAUCACGAAUUCGAAAAAAUCGAGCAGCAAAACGAGUUAUGACGAAGAUUCAGAGCAGUUCAGCGAAUCUAUCGAUGCAUUUACGAAUUAUCCGGAUGUGCCAGGCAUUGGUCGUCAACUCCUGCCCGAGGAAGUGACGGCUGUGGCGAUAUGGAUGACCGAGUGCUCAAGGAGACAAGAAGGGAUCGUCGGGCCUCGCAAUAUCAGACAUAUUAAUUGUCCACCGCUCACAGGCAUCUGCUGUAGACCAACGUCGUCCAACAGUAGUCUGCUAACAGACACGUGAACUCAAGAUUCAUGGGAAAAAGCCGUGUACGAAUUAGCACGCAGAAGUUUAAUGAGAAGAAAUGAGAGAGAAAGAGAGAGAAAGAGAGAGAGAGAGAGAGAGAGAGAGAAAAUAAAGCAAAAGAAUUUUAUAUAUUGCAAGAUAGAAUUUUUGGUGUGAAUGAUGUAUUGUUAAACAGUUGUUAUACUACAUUGUUAUUCUUACAUUAAUGUAAUUUUUUUCUUUCUAAAAUUCUAUUGUAUAAGAUCCGAAACGUUUUCUGUUUUAACUUUGAUAAAUCGAAAUAAAGACAAUCUUUUACUACUACUACUACUACUACUACUACUACUACUAAUA